AUGUCUGGGGUUUGGGUUUUCAAGAACGGCGUCGUUAGACUCGUGGACGGGGCGGAUUCCAUGCAGGGCUCCAACUCCAGGCGCAAGGUGCUGGUCCACACCCCAAGUGAGGAAGUGAUCAGCUCCUACGCCGUGCUCGAGCGCAAGCUGUUGUCGCUGGGUUGGGAGCGGUACUACGACGACCCAGACCUUCUCCAGUUCCACAAAAGAUCCACCGUCCAUCUCAUCUCUCUCCCCAAGGAUUUCAGCAAGUUCAAGUCCAUGCACAUGUUCGACAUCGUUGUUAAAAACCGCAAUGUGUUUGAAGUGAGGGACAUGUAG